AUGGGCUCUGCGACUGGGGAGGCACCGCCGUCACCCUCCUCGCAGGGAGGCACCUCACGACGGUCCCGUUCAAAGUCCGCGGCGCUACCGCCACAGGGCUCACCAAGACUGUCACGGACUCCUGCGCUAGUGGAGCGCAAGCCCACCCUUGGUCUUCCGGAUGCCCACUCUACGAUAGACCUGCGCACGAGUGUCGAGACACUGCGCGCUGGCGAUUGGUUUUACAAGUGGACAUCCAAGGGCGACUCGGUGCACCGGCGGUGGUUCUGGGUCGACACGAAAAGCUACCUUCUCGUGUGGAGCAGCUACGAGACCUACAACCCGCACUUUUGCGGCAAUGUGCGCCUCGACGACAUCUGCCAAGUCACCUCGCGGGACCUGUCGAGCGUAGACGAGGACGGAUUCCCUAAGACAUACCACGUCCUGCUGAUCGAGACGAGGAAGCGGGUGCUGCAGCUGGCGACCGAGCUGAAAGAGAAAUGCGACACGUGGUUUGAGGCGUUGAAUAAUGUGAUGGGAUUUAUCCACCGUAAUGACAUGGCAAGGGGUGCCCUCAUCCCUGACUGA